AUGUUCAACUUCAAUACCGCCCUAGCUGUUGCAUCUCUCACUGCGCUCACCGGAGCAGCUCCCAACUAUGUACCCGCCAAUAAUACCGAAAUCCCUACCAUUUUCAAGCCAGCAACGCUCAUUCCGUUUCUCCACAUGGAACAAUUGACGAGCUUUCCCACCAAUGUUACUACCAUCGAAGGCAUCACAGCACGUUAUCCUAACCUCGGUGGUACCGUUUCCGGCGCUUUGGAAGGCAGCAUCGUAGAUAUUGGCUCGGCUUAUGAACUUCUUCCAACUGCCGGCGAAGGGGUGUACAGCUUUUACACAAACACCUUCACGAUCAACACGACUGAUGCGCUCCUGCACAUGGACGCCCGCGCCACUAUCCAAUACGGAAACAACGCUUUGCACGGCUUUGGAACCGUCACUUUUUCGACGGAUAGCCCAAAGUACCUGUCCUUGAACUGGGGCAGCUAUGUCGCAGAGUUCGAAGCCAACUUCAACUCUGGGACAGGAAGCAUUGAUGUCUUUGAGCUCAAGUACACUGGAAAGAAGGAUGGAACCGAAACACCAGCUUUGGUCAAGCCAGAGGAGGCCUAG